GGCUGAAUCUCCUUUGAGCCUACAAGUCCGUGUGCAGGGCUAACUGUAGCCGUUGCCUGAGUGUAUCAGAAACAUGGCGGAAAGCGAGCUAAACGUUGACAGCCUCAUCUCUCGACUACUGGAAGUGCGAGGAUGUCGUCCAGGGAAGGUGGUGCAGAUGUCAGAGGCUGAGGUGCGGGGGCUCUGCAUCAAGUCCAGAGAGAUUUUCCUCAGUCAGCCGAUCCUGCUAGAGUUGGAGGCUCCUUUGAAAAUCUGUGGUGAUAUCCAUGGACAAUACACAGACUUGCUGAGGCUAUUCGAGUAUGGAGGCUUCCCUCCAGAGGCCAACUAUCUGUUUCUGGGGGAUUACGUGGACAGAGGGAAGCAGUCGCUGGAGACCAUCUGCUUGCUGCUCGCCUACAAGAUCAAAUACCCAGAAAACUUCUUCUUGCUCAGGGGGAACCACGAGUGUGCUUCCAUCAAUCGCAUUUACGGAUUCUAUGAUGAGUGCAAGCGCAGGUUCAACAUAAAGCUCUGGAAGACCUUCACAGACUGUUUUAAUUGUCUGCCCAUUGCUGCGAUCAUUGAUGAGAAGAUCUUCUGCUGCCAUGGAGGGCUCUCACCUGAUCUACAGUCCAUGGAACAAAUUCGACGCAUCAUGAGACCCACUGAUGUCCCAGACACAGGCUUGCUGUGUGACCUGCUGUGGUCCGACCCAGACAAAGACGUCCAGGGCUGGGGAGAGAACGACCGGGGAGUGUCCUUCACCUUCGGGGCCGAUGUGGUCAGCAAGUUUCUCAACCGUCACGACCUGGACCUCAUCUGCAGAGCACAUCAGGUUGUUGAAGACGGCUACGAGUUCUUUGCCAAGCGACAGCUGGUGACGCUGUUCUCCGCCCCAAACUACUGCGGGGAGUUUGACAACGCAGGCGGCAUGAUGAGUGUGGACGAGUCCCUCAUGUGCUCCUUUCAGAUCCUGAAGCCGUCAGAAAAAAAAGCAAAGUACCAGUAUGGAGGGGUGAAUACAGGACGCCCUGUCACCCCCCCUCGCACCGCUCAGGCACCUAAAAAGAGGUGAGCGGCUGGCCCCUCCCCCCCCGGCUGGUCUCUGACCCCUCGUCCCGCAGGCUGCCUCAAACACUCCAGCCUUCUCUCAGUCAGCUUGUUCAUGUGUAAACAAAAACUCCAGGAGUGUUUUUUGCUUGUUCUGUGGGUAUUUUUAUGAACAUGUGAGUGGUAUUUCUUUCCAUUUCUUUUUGAUGUAUCACUCACUUCUGCUACUCACCCCAUUCAGCAAUAUUUAAACCUUGUGGAAUGGGCAGGAUGUUAAGAAAUAUGUUUCUCUGCCGUCACAUUAACAAUUUCCAUAGUGAUUUUGUGAAUGCAUGCACGCUUGUGAGAUUGAGACGGAUACUUUGACCUAGCCGAUGUAAAAUGUAAAAACGAGGCCAAUUGUUUUUCGUGUCUCACCUUGAUUUGUCUACUUUUCAUAUAAUUACUGAAUUACUGCCAGUGCCCACUCCUAUAUAAGCUUAACUAGUACACAGCUUAAAAGAAUAGUUUGACGUUUUAGGAAAAUGCUUUCUUGCAAAACGUUAGAUAAGGUCAACACGACUGUCUAAUAUUAAUCUCAAACCAGCAGCUGACUAAGCUUAGCACACAAACUGUAAACAGGUGUUAAUAUUUAAUUAACACACUUUCUUUAUCAGUAACACUUUUUUUGUUUGGGGUAAACUAACAAGAUAUAACAUAUGAAUCAGUGAGCUUCAGAAGUUCUAGUAGGUUUAUUUUGUAACGUUUAGACAGAGCUUGACUACCUGUUUACAGUUCUUAUGCUAUGCUAUGCUAAGCUAAGCUAAGCUAAGCUAGCAAGCUGCUGGUUGAAGCUUCAUAUUUAUUGAACGGAAAUAAAGUACCCAUCUUCUUAUUAAGUCUCAGCAAGAAAGCCAGUAACCACAUUCCCCAAAAUGUCACAUUAUUCUUUAAGAACAGCAAAUUAGACAUUGGAAUGACUUUCCCUUCGACUUCAGAAUGUUUUCCCCAAAGAGAUAUCAGUCAAUAUGUUGAUGGUGCAAGUGCAAGAAAUAUUGCAAGACAUCUUGUCAUAUGCAAACAUGAACACGUGCACAGGCCAUUAAAGCCUAUUUGAACUUUAGAAAAGGACACAGCUGCUAAAUGCUGUAUCUUAACUAGCAUUCCUGUACAGCUGCUCUACAUUAGAUCAGCAUUUCCAAGCUCUGAAACGGUUUGCUAUCCCUAACACCACUUGGUAUUAACAAAAGGGGAAACACAGAAAUGCAAUAGUGUUCAAGUUUUGUUUUAAGUUCAGAUGUCAAUUUAAUGUGGGAAACAAACGGUAAGCACUUUGAGUUUGUGUCCUUCAGUCUGGUUUGUACAGUAGGUGUGUAGAAAAAUAGAGACGGAUAUGAAGACCACGGCAGAAACCGACAGUACGGGAUUCAAAGAUAGUUCUGAGUAUAUUCAUCAUCACAGCAGUAGAUCUCGACCUCUCUCUCUGAACAUUGUUGCGCUUCCAGUCAUCGCAUGACAUUGUAAAGAGGUCAAAAUCAUCAAGGCAGGACGAUGGCAUUUUGUUUGUUGUUGGCUAGUUAUAUCACAGUGUUCCCACGUGGUUAUUGAUUGAAGUUAAUCAUUUUUAACUCCUUAAUAAGCAUUUAACCGAUGUAUUUUUAUUUAUUAAAUCUUUGCCUUUUGCCUUGUUAAUCUCUUGGUCUUCAAGUUGGAAACAGUGUGUAAAGACGUUCUGAGCUUUGUAAAGUUUGUUUGAAACGAGUGAAAUAAAUGGAAGUGCUCUUGA